GACCGCGCGCGGGAAAAAGACACACGCGCAGCAGCAGCAGCAAGGACGUUAAGGCCACGGCGGGCAUGGGCUCCAAGGACGGACACGCCGCCACCGGCAUCGCGGACGACGCCGACGUGGUGUACCUACACGGCGUCCUGGAGGCGACCGUGUUCGAGGCACACCACCUCCACAGCGCCAUCCAUGGCCGGAUCAUGGAGGCGACGGGGAAGCUGGAGCAGUCCCUGGGCGUGCACGGCCUCCAGCGCAACAGGAUCUACGUGGACAUGGACGUGGGCGCGGCGCGGGUGGCGCGCACCCGGGAGGUGGAGUUCCACCCGACCAACCCGGCCUGGAACCAGUCCUUCCGCCUGCACUGCGCUUACCCGGCCGCGUCCAUCACUUUCACCGUCAAGAGCCAGCACCUCAUCGGCGCCGGCGUCCUGGGCUCCGCAUCCGUGCCCACGGCCAGCGUCGCCUCGGGCCAGCCGCUCGACCUCUGGCUCGACCUCCGAGGCGGCGACCGCGCGCGCCACCACACGCACACGCCGAGGCUCCGCGUCCGGCUGCGCUUCCUCGACGUGGAACGCGACCCGUGCUGGGACGCCGGCGUUCGGCCCGGCAUUUUCUCCGGGGUCAAGCCGGCCUUCUUCCCGGAGCGAACAAACUGCAACGUCACGCUGUACCAGAACGCCCAUCUGUCCGACGGGUUCCGCCCGCCGGUCGAGCUCGAAGGCGGGCGGAAGUACCGGCCGGCACGCCUUUGGGAGGACAUGUACGCGGCCAUCCGCGACGCGCGGCAUUUCGUGUACAUCGCGGGGUGGUCGGUGAACACGGGGAUCACGCUCGUGCGCGACGACCCCGGCGGCAGCGCGGAGGGUGGCGGCGUGACGCUGGGCGAGCUCCUGAAGCGGAAGGCCGAGGAAGGGGUGGCCGUGCUGGUGAUGCCGUGGCAGGACAAGACGUCCGUCCCGUUCCUCCGCAACGCCGGGGUGAUGAAGACGCACGACGAGGAGACCCGGAUGUUCUUCCAGGGCACCGGCGUCGCGUGCUUCCUCUGCCCGCGGGACGCCGACGCCACGCUCACCGUGGUGCAGAGCAUCGAGACCACCACGGAGUUCACGCACCACCAGAAGGCCGUCACCCUCGACGUCGCCACGCCGGGCACCGACGGGGGCAGCCGCCACGUCGCCAGCUUCAUCGGCGGGAUUGACCUCUGCGACGGCAGGUACGACGACGAGAAGCACACGCUGUUCCAGGGCCUGGACACGACGUACGCUCACGACUUCAUGCAGAACAACUUCAAGCACGCGUCCCUGCGGCGCGGCGGGCCGAGGGAGCCGUGGCACGACGUGCACUGCAGGCUGGAGGGCCCCGCGGCGUGGGACGUGCUCGCCAACUUCGAGCAGCGGUGGAAGAAGCAGGCGCCCAAGAGGCUGUCCGGCCGCCUGCUCGACGACCUGAGCCCGGCAACGUUCCCGGAUCCCUGCAGCUUCCACGACGACGUCGACCCGUGGAACGUGCAGGUGUUCCGGUCCAUCGACGACGCGUCGGUGGCCGGGUUCCCAACGGACCCGGCGGAGGCCGACGCGGUGGGCCUGACGAGCGGCAAGGACCUGACGAUCGACCGCAGCAUCCAGAUCGGCUACGUGGAGGCCAUCCGCCGGGCGCGGCGGUUCGUCUACGUCGAGAACCAGUACUUCCUCGGCGGGUGCGCGUCGUGGGCCGAGGACAGGGACUCCGGCUGCCUCAACCUGGUGCCAGUCGAGAUCGCGCUCAAGGUCGCCGCCAAGAUCCGGCGCGGCGAGCGGUUCGCCGCCUACGUGGUGACGCCCAUGUGGCCCGAGGGGGAGCCUGGGAGCGACUCCAUCCAGGCCAUCCUGCGGUGGAACCGGCUAACGGUUGAGAUGAUGUACGGCAUCGUGAUGGAGGCGAUCGACGACGCCGGGCUCCGUGGCCUGGCGCACCCCUGCGAUUACCUCAACUUCUUCUGCCUCGGGAACCGGGAGGCGCCGCGCCAAGGGGAGUACGUGCCGCCGUCGAGGCCCGAGAAGGGCACGGAUUACUGGCGCGCCCAGGCCAGCCGCCGGCACCCCAUCUACGUGCACGCCAAGCUCAUGAUCGUGGACGACGAGUAUGUCAUCGUCGGGUCGGCGAACCUGAACGAGCGGUCGCUGGCGGGCAACAGGGACAGCGAGAUCGCGCAGGGGAGCUACCAGCCGGCGCACCUGAACGGGCAGUGCGGCGGGCGCGCCAGGGGACUCGUGCACGGGUUCCGGAUGUCGCUGUGGCACGAGCACUUCAUGGGCGGCCACGUCGACGCAGGCGUGUUCCUGGAGCCGGAGAGCGCCGAGUGCGUGCGCGCGGUGCGGCGAGCGGCGGAGGCGCUGUGGGACGCGUACACGCGUGACACGGUUGAGGACCUGGGAGGGCACCUGCUGCCGUUCCCGGUCAGCGUGUCGGAGUUCGGGGAGGUGACCGACCUGCCGGCCGACGGGUGCUUCCCGGACACCAGGGCGCCCAUCAAGGGGAGGAAGUCGGCCAAGCUUCCGGCCAUCCUGACCACGUGAGGUUGUUCCUCUGUCAGUUGCCCGAUACCUUCAAAUAUCUCCCGUGAGAAUUAAGAACCUACUAGUCCGUACGCUUGGCUUGCCACACACAUAAAAAUGAAAGAAAAAAACAAGACGAAAAUAUAAUCCAGUUUGGAAUUCCGAAGACUCUAUCUCUUGUACCACGCUUUGCUACAUUUCCCGAGGCAAAGACGCAGCCACUUCUAAAUCGAUUUUGUAUCGCGCUUUGCUACAUUUCCCGAGGCAAAGACGCAGCCACUUCUAAAUCGAUUUUGUAUCGCGCUUU